UCAGAAUGAGCACCUUGGCCUUGUACCGUGGCAUCUACACCCAGGAGCACUUCCAGCAGGUCUAUGGGGCGCCGCUGGAGCCGGAGAGCAGCCUGGCGGGGAUGCUGAAGGGCAGGCUGAGCCGGGGCUGCCGGUGCACCAAAGCAGCGGCCUUGCACUUACUCAGAAGCAGGCUGCCCAUUGCAAGUUGGCUGCCCAAGUACCAGCCGAAGAAAUGGCUCUUGGGGGACCUGGUGGCGGGGUUAACCGUGGGCAUUGUACACAUCCCUCAAGGAAUGGCCUUUGCUCUGCUCACUUCGGUAGCUCCAAUCUAUGGGCUCUACACUUCGUUCUUCCCUGCCUUGCUAUAUAUGCUUUUUGGGACAGGCCGUCAUGUGUCCACAGGCACCUUUGCUGUGGUCAGUCUGAUGACAGGCUCCAUGGUGGAGCGCUUGGUUCCCAUCCCCCAGCAGUCCAAUGGCACAGGUCCUGCUGAAGUGGCCUUGUUGGAGAGACAACGCAUUGAUGUAGCUGCUGCCAUGGCCUUCCUCAUGGGGCUCCUCAUGGUCAUGAUGUUUAUGCUUCACUUGGGCUUCCUGUCCACCUACCUCUCGGAACCAGUGAUCAAGGCCUUUACCAGUGCUGCUGCCUUGCAUGUGGUGGUUUCUCAGCUACAGAGCCUUCUGGGCAUAUCCUUACCACGCCCCAAUGGCUACUUUGCCAUCUUCAAGACGCUGGCAUCUGUUGUGGAAGCGUUGCCCUUAACCAACAUGGUGGAACUGCUUAUCUCAGGGCUCUGCUUAGCUGUGCUGGUACCUAUCAAAGAAAUCAACCACCGCUACCGUAGCCGGAUGUGGGUCCCCAUCCCAGGAGAGAUCAUCAUGGUACUGCUUGCCACGGGAAUCUGCUUUGCUUCCUCUCUAAACACCCACUAUAAUGUACAGAUUGUUGGGCACCUCCCAGCAGGGUUCCCACAGCCCCAGCUCCCAGCUCUGCAUCUGCUGCCCCAGGUGUUGGGCGACACGGUGGCCCUCGCUUUCGUGGCCUACGCCAUCUCAGUGUCACUGGCCAUGAUCUACGCUGAGAAGCACCACUAUGUCAUUGACCCCAACCAGGAACUUCUGGCUCAUGGUGUUUCAAACCUAGUCUCUUCCCUGUUCACCUGUUUUCCCAGUUCAGCCACUCUGGCUACAACCAACAUUUUGGAGAGUGCUGGUGGACACACACAGCUUUCUGGACUCUUCACUAGUGCCAUUGUCCUGGUUGUGUUAAUAUGGAUUGGACCCCUCUUUCAUUAUUUACCAAAGGCUGUCCUGGCUUGUAUCAAUGUCACUAGUCUUCGACAGAUGUUUCUGCAGUUCCGGGACUUGCCUGAGCUGUGGAGGAUCAGCCACAUUGACUUUGCUGUGUGGGUGGUCACAUGGCUUUCCGUGGUUGUGCUCAAUGUAGACUUUGGCCUGGCAGUGGGAGUUGUGUUCUCCAUGAUGACUGUUGUAUGCCGCACACAGAGGGCUGAAUGCUCUGUGCUGGGCAGAGCAGCUGAUACAGAAAUCUACAAGCCUGUCAAGUACAAUAGCAAGUGCUUCGAGAUCCCAGGCGUGAAGAUCUUAAGUUACCAGGCCCCCAUCUAUUACGGAAACCGGAGUUUCUUUAGAGAUAUUGUCAGCAAACUGGUGGGGCUGCAGCGAGGCUGGGAAGAUCCACAGUCUAACAGCAGGAUUAAAAUGGACAUUGCUACAGUGGAGAGCAGUGUUUGUGUCUUGGAAAAGAAGCUUAGCUCAGGUUUAGAUGUCCAGGCUAUAAUACUUGACUGCAGUGGAAUAUCCUUUGUGGAUUCAUCUGGAGCACGGCUCCUUAUCCAGGUCUGUGUGGAAUGUCAAAAAGCUGGCAUGCAGAUACAUUUGUCUGCCUGUAAUGCCAACGUUCUACAGACCUUGAGUUUUUGUGGCCUCAUGCAUCACCUAACCCCCCAGCAGAUAUUCGUCACCGUUCAUGAUGCUGUUUCCUAUCUCCAGCAAACCACGGAAAAAGUGGAACAGAAGGAUCCAACCAUCUGGGUAUAACUUGUCUUCCUGCCAAGGGUAAAAGACAAUGAGAUCUACCAGGAUAAAGGCCAUCUACGAUCACAGAGAUUCAGGAAAGGCAGCAGGCUGCCUACGAGACCAAGAUUUUCCUGCUACUGGAAGGCCGGAUUGUCAGGAAUGGACAGACAAGGAAAGAGCAGACUGGCAAGAAGAACUAGGCCCCCAGAUUUAGCAGAUCUUCUUCCUGGGACAACCUCCGUGGCCAGCAACAGCCUGAAGCAGUCCACAACUGCUGUGUCAGGGUUCUUUUGCGCUCCCACCUGUCUUGGUUCCUUUCUCCUUGAACCCUUAUCAGAAAAUUUUAGGACACAACAGCAAAACAAAAUUUAUUAAUUUUUUAAAAAUCCUUUAUUACGCCCCCCCCCCAAAAUGAAGUCAUCACAGAAUAAGUCAUUGAGGCCAAAAUGAAGGGAAGAGAGGGGUUCAGCCUGGGAAAUAAUGCACAAUGGGGAAUAGGGAACGGCUUGAUUGCCAGAAAUGAAAGGUAGCCCCUCUUUUCUCCCUGUUCGUUGCAAGAGAGAUUCUCUCAGACCAGAACUGCUGUUCUAACCAGUAGGAUAAAAGGGUAUAGAUGCACUAACACAGCCUUUGAUUUGCUAGUUAGGUUCAGCCAACAUACUAAACGUGGUUAAUGAACUGAUUCAUGUUUUGGAGUUUGCACAAUAUAUUGAAUCAUAAGUUAACCAAAUGGGAUUUGUACCACACAAGGAAACAACAAAACAACUCUAACUGAGCAAAUGCAACUGUUAGCUCUUUAACUGACCCGGUUAGUUCUGCCAGGGUUUGGCUUGGGUGGAGAGGGAGCUCUGCUCUGGAGGAAUGAGCUCUCAUACCAUUCAGUAUAAAUGAUUGUUGUAGGUUUGCAACCAGCUGCCCUAGAGACAAACCUACAUUUCUCAGCCCGCACCUCUCUUUAGUGGGUAAGCAUGCUUGCAGGUAACUGGAGGUUCUUGUGAAUGCCCAGAACCAGGACAACAUUCCUUGGUUAGAUUAUUGCUCUGUGCUUGCAACUAUGGAUCUCCAUCCUACUUAUUCAGCCUAACACUACGGGAGGCAGCCUUGGAUGACAGAAGGCAAGCACUACCACAGGUGAGGCAGUGAUGCCAAGCGGGCGUAACCAAAUCAUAUACAUCCACAGGGCCUGGAUUUCCCAUUAUUUUCGUUUUGGGAUGCUGCACUGAAUCCAGCUAAAACUUGAUGCAGUUAUUCCACCCUUUCUCCCUUAGCAGAGUUUUCUCUGGAGUGAAAAAAGAGUGAAGUGGCAAGAAAACAGCCAAAGGUUCACAUAUGGAGGGCCAUACCAAGUUCUGACCCCUCCUAAAAUGCAACGAAUAAGGCAGAGCAGCAGCACAAGAACAAUCUUGCCGGAAGCCCCCGAGCAUCUGGCGAAUGCUAAUGACUGGGAACAGGAAUCAUUUUACACCUUCAGCAGUGUCAAGGACCUGAGGUUUUCUUGGACUGCACCAACUCAGAGCUGCAUGUUUGUAUGCACCCAUCCUUGAACAGCAAAUAUAUAAAUAAAUGAACAAACAAGCUUUGGAAUUUUUAUCAAAAUUAGCACGCCAGGCAGGGGAGCAACCUCAGUAGCUUCUUUCCUACUUACAUGGGGGGAAGCAAAAUGCAGUGCCAUCGUUUUUAGCAUUGAAGUGUGCUUAAUUUAUUUACUGCAUUGUUCUGGGGGUAUGAGGAGGACAAUUCCACAUAAAAUAGUACUUAAAGUCUUAUUGUGGUUAGUACAGCUUAUUCCCAAAUAAGCAUGAAUACAAUUGCUGCUUUCCUUGCGGCUUCUAGGCCAUACCCAACCAAUAUCUUAUUUCCAACAACCGGAUCCUACACAAUCCUUUAUUUUCAAAAAGUUCAUCUAGCAAGAUGGAAUUUUCCAUCCUUCGUCCUUUUGCAGCAAGAAACAACUUUGUGAAUCAGCCUGUGUGAAUUCCUAUACCACUCCUGCUACAGAGAUUUUGAAAUUACCAUACCUGUCUCAUUUUUGUCACUCCCUGCACUAAAAAUGCACCCGUAUCUUAAAUGGUUGGGCUGGUGCCGUGGCUAUUUUCAUCCCAAUGAAAUUGGCAGCCCAGCUGCCAGGAAGGAGUGCAGGAGUGGAUGCAGGCUCUUGUGGGGCCCAUCAUAUGGGCCAACCCCAUGCAAGGGAACUAAACACAUACAAAAAAGGUCAAACCCACCCCUGAUUUGUGUUGUUUUUUUAACCUCCCUAACAAACCAUAGUUUUAGGAAAAGCAACAGCGCAGAAGGUUGCAGGAUUGGAAUUAAUAAGCCAGAGACUGGGGAUGGAGAGGUUUGAGGAAUGAGAAAAAACUUUGGAAAUGGAUUCUGUCUAAAAUAAAAAAAAAAAAAAGGCAAUCUGUCACGGACAGUCUUUCUGCUUCACCAUGUGUGUGUGUGUA